AUGGGUCUGGAGCUGUACCUGGACCUGCUGUCCCAGCCCUGCCGUGCAGUCUACAUCUUCGCCAAGAACGGCAUCCCCUUUGACCUUCGCACAGUGGAGCUGACCAAAGCUGGGCUGGGCCAGCAGCACAGAGAUGCCUUUGCCCAGGUGAACCCCCUGAGGAGGGUGCCAGCCUUGAAGGAUGGGGACUUCACCUUGGCUGAGAGUGUGGCUAUCUUGCUGUGUAUGAACUGCAUGUACAAAGCGCCUGACCACUGGUACCCCCAGGACCUGCAGGCCCGCGCCUGUGGGGAUGAGUACCUGUCAUGGCAGCACAUGGCCCUGCAGAGUAGCUGCUGCUGGGUCAUGUGGCAGAAGGUUGCCUGGGAGUCUUGCCUUUGA